AUGCUUAUUAUUAACCUACCUAGUGCAGUUGACUAUUAUGGCAUUACCGAUCCUUUAGAAUGGAUUAGGAUAUGCAAAGAAAAUCCAUCCAUUGAGUUUUUAUAUCUUGUUCCAAUGAUGUCAAAAGAUGAUGUGAAUUAUAAUCCAUAUUAUUUAAAAAUUGGAAGUUUUCAAGAUGUUGACCGAAAAGAUUAUCUGACCAUUAGUUCUCAUGGUGUUACUCGAGUAGCAGGAAAAGAAUCAGAAUUUUUAUCUUUACAAGAGUGGCUAAGAGAAUAUAGUUUAUAUCAUAGAUUGAGAAAGUUGGAAACAUUUACAAAAUUUGGAUUACAGAAAAUUUUUAAUGCUUGGAAGAAAAAAGUACGUACUCGUAAGAUUAAUUCAAAUUGUGCGUAUUUAAAAAGAAAUUUAUUUAUGUUAGAUUCUUCUCUAUGUCCAACUCUUUUAUCAGCAUACAGUUGCUGUUUUGACUUCAGUCAGAAACAAUUAUUUAAUAUUGAUAAAAAGACAACUUAUUCUCUUCAGAAAUUUGAGAAAUUAGCCUUAGAAAACAUAGAACAAAUUACUGAAAAAGCCAAAGAUUUUACAAACAGUCUGAAGAAAAUUAUUUAUGAAAUUUGUUGUUCUAUAUUAUGGCAAAAAGGCUUUGUUUCUGAUUUUUUUAAAAAAGAAAUAAAAUUGGCACUGCCAGAUUAUAUCAAGGAAAGAACUUUAGAAAAAAAAGUAAAAAUAAAACAAAGUGAUGAAGGUGCAAGAAAAAGAUUUUUGAAAGGUCAAACAGUUAGAAUGGCAAUAUUAGAACAUGAUGAAGAAGAAUUUGAGGAACAUUCAUGUUACGGUCAAUCAGUUAAGCGUCGGAUUUGUUUAUAUUUGUCAAGAUUUAUCCUAUUGAAUGAUUACUUUGCCUCAUCAAUAAUUCAUCAAAUUGUUACAAAUACAUAUAAAGAAUAUUUGAUGAGUAUGGAAGAUGUACUUGAAUGUACUGGAGAAGUUGAAAAAAUGUCUUGUGAUCUUACUGAAGUUGAACUAGAAGAUGAAAAAGAUGAUACUCGGGAAAAUGAACCUUCUAGCAGGAAUAAUGCCUUAUUUUCUAUUUUGCUAAAGUUAGAAACUAUGGAUAGUAAAAAAUUUGAAACAGAACCAGAAGAAAUAGAUUUUAUACAGUGUAUAGACAGAAUUUAUGAAAUCAGUAGAAAAAAGAUUUAUGAACAUAAAUUCUUUUCUAAUGAUCCCUUAUUUGAUUAUUUUGUGAGACCUACAAUUAACUCUAUAAAAGAAAAAAGAACUAUUGGUGGAGGUCCAAAUUUAGGAACAAUGUUUGAUGAAGAUGCAGUUCUUAAAUCAUAUUUUGAAAAAAUUAAGGGCUGUAUUACAGAAGGUUUUAGAAAAGUACAUUCUUAUGCAUCUUCACUAUGUGAUGUAAAAGAAUUUCACUUAGAGAAUAUAAAUGCUAAUUUAAGAAAUAUCUUAGAAAAAACAAUAGGUAAUGUAAUAUUUCAUGUUUCUUUAAUGUUGAUACAAAGUAUAAUAGCUUGCAAAUAAGGAUAUAUGAUUAUU